AUGUCCGGUCGCAAAGAUUUCCUGAGCCAACCGGCGCCCGAAAACUAUGUGGCCGGCUUGGGUAGAGGUGCGACAGGAUUCACAACCCGCUCAGAUCUUGGUCCCGCGCGUGAGGGACCUAGCGAGGAGCAGAUCAAAGAGGCACUUGCCAAACGUGCCGCCCAGCUUGGAAAUGCUCCGCCGACAGCAUACGGUGUUCCCGGGAAGAAAGAGGACGACGAUGACGAUGACGAACGCUUUCAGGACCCCGAGAACGAGACUGGCCUGUUUGCCAGCGGAAACUACGAUCGCGAGGAUGAUGAGGCCGACAAAAUUUACGCCGAGGUUGACGCAAAGAUGGACAAGAGAAGGAGAGCUAGGCGCGAGGAACGCGAACGAAAAGAAAGAGAAGAAUACGAGCGCAACAACCCCAAAAUUCAGCAGCAGUUUGCCGAUUUGAAGAGAGAGCUUGGAGGUCUCACAGAUGAAGACUGGCAAAAUAUUCCUGAAGUCGGAGACUUGACAGGCAAAAACCGCAGAGCAAAGGCCAACUUGCGCGAGAGGUUCUACGCAGUCCCGGACAGCGUUCUGGCUGGUGCAAGAGACUCGACACAAUUCGACACGACAGUCAAUGAUGAUGGAGCCCAACCUAGUGCUGCCGCAGACAACCUGGAAGGUGCCAUGACCAAUUUCGCCAACAUUGGAGCUGCAAGAGACAAAGUGUUGCAAGUCCGUCUGGAUCAAGCUGCGCAAGGUGAUGUCGCUUCUGGAACUGCCACGAGUAUCGAUCCAAAAGGCUAUCUGACCUCUCUAACAAAGUCCGAAGUCAAAGCUAGCGAAAUUCCUGUCGCCGAUGUUGCAAGAGCGCGCGAGCUGCUCAGAUCAGUCAUCAAUACUAACAAGAAGCACGGCCCGGGAUGGAUUGCUGCAGCUCGUCUGGAGGAGUUUGCUGGAAAGAUUGUAGCUGCACGAAACCUUCUAACUCAGGCAGUAGAGUUCUGUCCAAAAUCGGAAGAUGUCUGGUUAGAAUCCAUGCGCCUCAAUGAAAAUCACAACGCCAAAAUCAUCGCCAAGGAAGCCCUCAAGCACAACGAUCGCUCAGUGCGCCUCUGGGUGGAAGCAAUGAAGCUGGAGACCAUCACGUCAAACAAAAAGCGAGUCCUUAGACAAGCUCUGGAUCAUGUCCCACAGUCUGUCGCAAUCUGGAAGGAGGCCGUGAACCUCGAGGAGGACCCAAGUGAUGCUAAACUUCUGCUCGCCAAAGCUACUGAAUUGAUUCCGCUAUCUGUGGACUUGUGGCUAGCGCUUGCUCGAUUAGAAACUCCUGAGAACGCACAGGUUGUUUUGAACAAAGCAAGAAAGGCCAUUCCGACUUCUUGGGAGAUUUGGGUGGCUGCCGCACGACUUCAAGAACAGAUCGGCGCCGAACAGAUGGUUGGAAAGAUUAUGGAUCGUGCUGUAAAAUCUUUGGCAAAGGAGUCAGCCAUGCUAGAGCGUGAACGCUGGAUCGAAGUAGCCGAAAACUGCGAGGAAGAAGGCGCGAACCUUACCUGCAAAGCUAUCGUCGAACAUACUCUUGGUUGGGGACUGGAUGAGGAUGAUGACCGUAAGAAGAUCUGGAUGGACGACGCGAAAUCGUCCAUGGUCAGAGGCCACUACCAAACAGCUCGCUCUAUCUAUGCCUAUGCGAUCCGUGUUUUCCCGAACAGCAGUAUCAUCUGGCUGGCCGCAGCCGAUAUGGAACGCAAUCAUGGCACGAAAGAGUCGCUUGUCUCCUUGCUGGAGAAGGCUGUCGAAGCCGUACCUACCAAUGAGGUGCUCUGGAUGCAGCUCGCCAGAGAGAGGUGGAAUGCAGGAGAUAUCGAUGAGGCUCGUAGAGUCUUGGGUAAAGCCUUCCAACAACAACCUGGAAACGAGGAUAUCUGGCUGGCGGCCGUCAAGCUUGAAGCAGACAAUGGAGAAGUCGAUCAAGCGCGCGAGCUUCUCAAGACGGCACGUCAAGAGGCAGGUACUGACAGAGUCUGGAUCAAAAGUGUUGCUUUUGAAAGGCAGCAAGGCAAUAGAGAGGCUGCUCUCGACCUCGUGAAUCAAGGUCUACAACUCUAUCCUAAAGCUGCCAAGCUCUGGAUGCAAAAAGGGCAGAUCUAUGAUAGUAAAGGUAUGCUUCCGCAAGCACGUGAGGCCUUCAAUACAGGAACGAGGGCGUGUCCACAGAGCGUACCACUGUGGCUCCUUGCAGCUCGUACAGACGAAAAGGCAGGUAUCAUCGUCAAAGCACGCAGUAUUCUUGAUCGAGCCCGUCUCGCAGUACCAAAGAACCCUGAACUCUGGGUCGAAUCGGUACGACUUGAGAGACGUGCAGGAAACAACGCUGCAGCCAGCCAGAAAAUGGCACAAGCACUACAAGAAUGCCCUACUAGUGGUUUAUUGUGGAGUGAGAGAAUCUGGCAUCUUGAGGCCCGCACUCAACGCAAGCCUCGAACACUGGAGGCCAUCAAGAAGAACGACAGCGAUCCUAUCUUGUAUGUCACAGCUGCACGCGUGUUCUGGGGCGAGCGCAGAUUAGACAAGGCAGUGACCUGGUUCGAGAAGGCAAUUGUCCUGGACCCCGACAUCGGUGACUCGUGGGCAUGGUACCUGAAAUUCUUGAGACAACAUGGUACGGAAGAGAAGCAAGAGGAGACGAUUAAUAAGUGCGUGCUCAGCGAGCCCAAGCACGGAGAGGUGUGGCAGAGCAUUGCAAAGGCUCCCGAGAAUGCCAAGUUGGGUAUCGAAGAGAUCCUCAAGCUCGUUGCCACUAAGCUAGAGUAG